AUGCAAUUAGGGUUCUCCGACCUGCGGCUGCUCCCGGCCCGCACGCGUCUUUCCACGCUCCUCCGCGUCAAGUACAUUGUCGUCACCACACAGCUCGUCGGAGAUUUCCCCAUCGACGGCUCGCAGGUUACUCACCCCGACGUUCUCUUGAACUAUGUUUCUUGGUGCACGGCGUCAAGAAGCUCCUUGAUUACUCUGUCUAAGGCGACGGUCGCAUCCCUUUUCCUCCAUCACCACCGUCGCCGCCGCCCGCUCAUGGGCUCCCAGAAGGAAAAAAAACCAUUCUUUCCACGACGAGGUUAA